CAAUAUAUUUUUAAUAGCAGUGACAGAACAAACGAGGCUUGGAAAAUAUUCGUGCCAAAAUAAAGUUCUGUGUGCCCCAAAUCCCAGGGAAGUAUUUUGUUCUAAGGGUUGGAAGCCGCUUAAAUGACUUUUACGUAAAUCCUCCCUUACCAUUGCACUGCGUUUCUCCCCAAGUCUUAAUAUCAGGGCUUUAGUCAACAGGAUAGACCUAGAAAGGGUGAUGGCUCCUGACCUCUCCUGGCUCCCGUUCCCGCCUGACGACUGGGGUGGCGGGGCACCGCGCCCUGCCCAGGUGGGCGUUUGACAGUAUUUCGGGGACCGCGAUCACGGGCUGCCGCUCUUUCCCGCCCCAUGCACCUGUUCGGCCUCUAGCAGCCUCUCGCCACCGGUCCCCGACCCUGGGCCACCUAACUCGCCACCCAUCCAGCGCCGGUCAGCCCGCCCCCCGAGCUGCGGAAGCGCCCCGACCCUCGGCAGGCGCGGCAGAGCAACUAGGGGAGAGCGCUCGCAAUCACAUGGAGGCCCGGGCCCGCCCCAUUGGCUGCGGCGGAGCCAGUCGCGGCGCUCGCCAGCUGCGGUUGGUCCUGGAGCAGCAGCGCCUGCACGGGCCCGGAGUCCAUGUUACGCUUUGUCUAAUUCCCCCCGUUACAGAGUCAUGUGCUGCUGCUCUGGUCGCCGCCGCUGCCGCCGCCCGUGGUGCCUCGGCUCCUCCGCCGUGCUUCGAGGUGGCCGCCGCGGGCGGGGCCGCGGGUGCAGGGUCCAGGGCGCUGCGCGCCUUCGCCGCCCCGCCGCGUCCGGGUGCAGCCGCCGCCCGCCGCAGGUGAUGCCGCCACCUCCAGUCUCAGCAUAAGCCGUGGCUCGGCGGCCAAGCUGCCCCGGCUGCCCCACAAGGAAGUACACGGCUGUCUGUAACGUGCUGCUGGGUCCCAGGAUGGAGGAGUGAAGUCUCCGUGUCGCAACCGGUUCCAGCCUGUGGAGCCCACCGGAAGCUGAGUCCCCGGAGAGCGCCCUGAGGGAGCAGGGUGGCCGCCUGGUCCAGGAAUGUUUACCCUUGCGGAAGUUGCUUCACUUAAUGACAUUCAGCCAACUUACCGAAUCCUGAAACCAUGGUGGGAUGUGUUUAUGGAUUACCUGGCUGUCGUUAUGUUGAUGGUAGCCAUCUUUGCAGGAACCAUGCAACUUACCAAAGAUCAGGUGGUCUGCUUGCCAGUAUUGCCAUCUCCUGUAAAUUCAAAGGCACACACACCACCAGGAAAUGCCGAUGUUACCACCAAUAUCCCGAAGAUGGAAGCAGCCACUGACCAAGACCAACAUGGGCGGACGACAAAUGACAUUUCCUUUGGCGCAUCUGCUGUGACACCUGACAUACCUCUCAGAGCCACAUAUCCUCAUACAGAUUCCACAGUUCCAAAUCAGGAGGCGAAGAAAGAGAAGAAAGAUCCAACAGGCCGAAAAACAAACUUGGAUUUUCAGCAAUAUGUAUUUAUUAAUCAGAUGUGUUACCAUCUGGCCCUUCCGUGGUAUUCUAAGUACUUUCCAUACCUUGCUCUUAUACAUACUAUUAUUCUCAUGGUCAGUAGCAACUUUUGGUUCAAAUAUCCCAAAACAUGCUCAAAAGUAGAACAUUUUGUUUCAAUAUUAGGAAAGUGCUUUGAAUCUCCUUGGACUACUAAAGCAUUAUCUGAGACAGCAUGUGAAGACUCGGAGGAAAACAAGCAGAGAAUAACAGGUGCCCAGACUCUACCAAAGCACGUGUCUACCAGCAGUGAUGAAGGGAGCCCCAGUGCCAGCACCCCGAUGAUCAACAAAACUGGCUUCAAAUUUUCAGCCGAGAAGCCAGUGAUCGAAGUCCCCAGCAUGACCAUCCUGGAUAAGAAAGACGGGGAACAGGCCAAAGCCCUGUUUGAGAAAGUGAGGAAGUUCCGUGCCCAUGUGGAAGACAGUGACUUGAUCUAUAAACUCUAUGUGGUCCAAACAGUUAUCAAAACCGCCAAGUUCAUUUUUAUCCUCUGCUACACGGCCAACUUUGUCAACGCAAUCAGCUUUGAACAUGUCUGCAAGCCGAAAGUUGAGCACCUGACUGGUUAUGAGGUAUUUGAGUGUACCCACAAUAUGGCUUAUAUGCUGAAAAAGCUUCUCAUUAGUUACAUAUCCAUCAUUUGUGUUUAUGGUUUUAUCUGCCUCUACACUCUCUUCUGGUUAUUCAGGAUACCUUUGAAGGAAUAUUCUUUUGAAAAAGUCAGAGAAGAGAGCAGUUUCAGUGACAUUCCAGAUGUCAAGAAUGAUUUUGCGUUCCUUCUACACAUGGUAGACCAAUACGACCAGCUCUAUUCCAAGCGCUUUGGUGUGUUCUUGUCAGAAGUCAGUGAAAACAAACUUAGGGAAAUUAGUUUGAACCACGAAUGGACAUUUGAAAAACUUAGGCAGCACGUGUCCCGCAACGCCCAGGACAAGCAGGAGCUACAUCUGUUCAUGCUGUCGGGUGUGCCCGAUGCUGUCUUUGACCUCACAGACCUGGAUGUGCUAAAACUUGAACUGAUUCCAGAAGCUAAAAUUCCCGCUAAGAUUUCUCAAAUGACAAAUCUCCAAGAGCUUCACCUCUGCCACUGCCCUGCAAAAGUUGAACAGACUGCAUUUAGCUUCCUCCGAGACCACUUGAGAUGCCUUCACGUGAAGUUCACCGACGUGGCUGAAAUCCCUGCCUGGGUGUAUUUGCUCAAAAACCUUCGAGAGUUAUACUUGAUAGGCAAUUUGAACUCUGAAAACAAUAAGAUGAUAGGACUUGAAUCUCUCCGAGAGUUGCGGCACCUUAAGAUUCUCCACGUGAAGAGCAAUUUGACCAAAGUUCCCUCCAACAUUACAGAUGUGGCUCCACAUCUUACAAAGUUAGUCAUUCAUAAUGACGGCACUAAACUCUUGGUACUGAACAGCCUUAAGAAAAUGAUGAAUGUCGCCGAGCUCGAACUCCAGAACUGUGAGCUAGAGAGAAUUCCACAUGCGAUUUUCAGCCUCUCUAAUUUACAGGAACUGGAUUUAAAAUCAAACAACAUACGCACAAUUGAGGAAAUCAUCAGUUUCCAGCAUCUAAAACGACUGACUUGUUUAAAACUAUGGCAUAAUAAAAUUGUUACCAUUCCUCCCUCCAUUACCCAUGUCAAAAACUUGGAGUCACUUUAUUUCUCCAACAACAAGCUCGAAUCCUUACCAGUGGCAGUGUUCAGUUUACAGAAACUCAGAUGCUUAGAUGUAAGCUACAACAACAUUUCAAUGAUUCCAAUAGAAAUAGGAUUGCUCCAGAACCUUCAGCAUUUGCAUAUCACGGGGAACAAAGUGGACAUCCUGCCAAAACAAUUGUUCAAAUGCGUUAAGUUGAGGACUUUGAAUCUGGGGCAGAACUGCAUCGCCUUCCUCCCAGAGAAAAUUGGUCAGCUCUCCCAGCUCACCCAGCUGGAGCUGAAGGGGAACUGCUUGGACCGCCUGCCAGCCCAGCUGGGCCAGUGUCGCCUGCUCAAGAAAAGCGGGCUUGUUGUAGAAGAUCACCUUUUUGACACCCUGCCACUCGAAGUCAAAGAAGCAUUGAAUCAAGACAUAAAUGUUCCCUUUGCAAAUGGGAUUUAAACUGAGAUAAUAUGUGCACGCCGGUGUGCAGGAACAACUUCCUAGAUUGCAAAUGCUCACGUACAAGUUAUUGCAAGAUAAUGCAUUUUAGGAGUAGAUACAUCUUUAAAAAUAAAACACAGAGAGGAUGCAUAGAAAGCUGAUAGAAGGCAUAACUGAAUGUUCAAUGUUUGUAGUGUUUUAAGUCAUUCAUUUCCAAAUCUUUUCUUUUUUUUCUUUUGGGGAAAGGGAAGGAAAAAUUAUAAUCACUAACCUUGGUUUCUUUUUAAAUUGUUUGUAACUUGGAUGCUGCCGCUACUGAAUGUUUACAAAUUGCUUGCCUGCUAAAGUAAAUGAUUAAAUUGACAUUUUCUUACUAUA